AUGGCUGGUCUAACUGCAGGUUUAAAGAUCGAAGUGUUGUCUAAAUCUUGGGAGUGCAAUACAAAGUUGAACACCCUUACUGAUGCUCGUGCAUGGUCGGAAGAGCACCGAUAUGUUCAACUCAGUGAAUACGACGAUGACGAAUUGAUUCGGGAUCAGUUCUGUGUCAAAAAAAAAGGGCGAUAUAGUUAUGUCGUCUGGAAAAAAGAAGCUGGGCAGCCAGAAGUUGUAUUAAAUAUCUCAGGCUUUGUUGUAUCGUCAUUUUUUGGUCCAAUCAAUCGACAUGUCAAUUUACGCAUCACGAGGCAAAACAUUACUAUCGUUGGAUUGGGAAAUCCUGCCUUUAAUUCGGCUCUGUCGGUGUUGCGACGAAUCUAUCGCUUGCUUGACCAGAGCCAUCCCAUCGGUGCUAUGCAGCCUUUUCGUUCUACUAAAGUCUUGGACACACCAGCAUUCACUGCAGAGGCACGAUUCUUGACGUCUAUUGAGGACGUCGAAGCGUUUGCAACUGAUGGUUAUUCUCUUCGACAUUCGCAAGAUCCUCAGCAUAUUUUACAGAGUUGUGUUGGGAGUGGGAAGUUUGCGUACACUGAAGAUAAUCAUGUCGAACUUAGUGAACUUGGCGAUGCCGACCCAGACACAGGAAUUCAAUUUCCUAACAAUAUCGACAAUCCUUGCUAUAUUCGUCCAGGUGAUUUGGUCGAGUUGUCGUUCACAUUGCGCUCCAUCACGCUUGGAAAGGUUCAAACCAAGGAAGCUUUCGUAACGAAACUUGAUGCAGUUGUCAUUAUAGAUAAGUUUGGUGCAAAGCUUUUAUAUGAUCGCGACUGCCAGGAUGAUGAAGCUCGUCGGGCUGAAGCAGCUCGUCUUGAGAAAUCAAAGGAUGUUUCUGCACCAAAGAAACUUCGUGUUGGGUCAUCAGUCAAACUUAGCGAUUAUGUUGAUCAAUUUUUGGAAGUUGGAAGAGGCAAAGACUUGGAUGAAGUUUGGGACAAAGAGUCGGAUGAAGUAGGGCAGAAGGAACAAGGUGAUGUUGGUGAAAAUUCAGCUAUGUUAACCUAA